AUGGCUACAUCAAAUACUGAUGUGCAGGACCGAGUGAAGUUAUUUAAGUUUACGAAGAUAUUGACGUUAAAGAUUGCUCAAAUUGUUGUACAAAGUAGACAAGGAAAAAAAAUAGCCCAUGAUUGCAAUUUAAUAAAACCCUCGGAUGAAGGCCCCCCGUCGUCGCCCACCAGCUUGCAAUGGUUCAAUUUAUCUAUACCAGAUGUACCCGAAGUGAAUAUUGACACUAAAAGAGUUUUAAAUGGUGAAGUAAUGGAAGCAUUGACAAAAGUGCUAUGCAUAGAAAUAUUUUUGCAUACCAAUGAUGGUGAUGAGAUGGUACUUGAACUUUGGACAGUGCGUAUGACACCUGGCUGCGAUGCCGGCAUCUCCUCUGUAUCCACUAUAUACUACCGUAUGAGCAUUAUGCUUAAAUCUACUUUGAGCAUUUCAAGGAUCACUCCUGCUUACAAAUUAUCUCGACUGCAAAAUAAAGAAUCGUACAAACUUUCACAUAAGAUUUAUGGAGGCCAACCAAACCUUGAUCUUCUGGGUGAAAAGCAUAAAACAAUCAAAGUGAGUGAAUUACAUACUCCAAUAGGAAUUCUACAGGUAGAUGUUGUGUACAGAACGAAGAUGACUAUUGUGCCAGAAGACAGGAAAGUUCCUGAUAAGAAUGUUCUAACCACAAGUGACAAUAUUAUGAUAAAAAGUGACCACUUCCCAAAAGAAAGUCCAAGGAAAAACCACAAUGAAAAGAAAGAGGUGGAUCUAUCGAAACCCUUAACUGCCGGAGCAUUUGUAGAUACAGUGAAAAUAAAGCAAUUACAUCACACUCUAAGCCAACAGCUGCCUCCCGAGCCACCGAUGGCUUGGCUUCUCGCGGAGAAAGACAAAAUGGAAAAGAAGACGCGGCUGCUAUCGCUGUCGAACGCGGCGUGCGCGAUGGUCGCGGGGGGUGCGGAGGGUGAGGCGGUGGCGGGGGAGGUGCGGUGUGAGGGCGCGGCUGGCUGCAGCGCCGCGGUGGAGAUGCCGCGCCAUGCCAGCCUCAUGGAGUUUCCGUUUGCGGACGGCAGUCCCAUCACAGAACUGGCUAACUUCUACCAGGAGUGCGUGCAGGCGCGCGCCGCUGGCCUAUGGGGGGGUGAGACCGGCCCGGGCGCGGGCGCGGGGGCGGGGGCGGGGUGCGAGGCGGUGGCCCUCGCCGAUCAGCUGCGCAUGUACGAAGACGCGGUGCCGGAGUUCGACAACAUGGUCGCCUCCAUGCUCAGCGAGGAACACCUCGACUUC